GUUUACGUUUCUUGUAGUGGCAAUUUGAAACAUUGAGAAGCAAAGAGAGAAAAAAUCCUGCUGCAGUUUCCAUUACUAGAGGCAUGGCAACUGAAUUAUUGUGCUUGCACCGUCCAAUCUCACUGACACACAAAUUGUUCAGAAAUCCCUUGCCUAAAGUCAUCCAGGCCACUCCCUUAACUUUGAAACUCAGAUGUUCUGUAAGCACAGAAAACGUCAGCUUCACAGAAACAGAAACAGAAACCAGAAGGUCUGCCAAUUAUGAACCAAAUAGCUGGGAUUAUGAUUAUUUGCUGUCUUCGGACACUGACGAAUCGAUUGAAGUAUACAAAGACAAGGCCAAAAAGCUGGAGGCUGAGGUGAGAAGAGAGAUUAACAAUGAAAAGGCAGAGUUUUUGACUCUGCUUGAACUGAUAGAUAAUGUCCAAAGGUUAGGAUUAGGUUACCGGUUCGAGAGUGACAUAAGGAGAGCCCUUGAUAGAUUUGUUUCUUCAGGAGGAUUUGAUGCUGUUACAAAAACUAGCCUUCAUGCUACUGCUCUUAGCUUCAGGCUUCUCAGACAGCAUGGCUUUGAGGUCUCUCAAGAAGCGUUCAGCGGAUUCAAGGAUCAAAAUGGCAAUUUCUUGAAAAACCUUAAGGAGGACAUCAAGGCAAUACUAAGCCUAUAUGAAGCUUCAUUUCUUGCCUUAGAAGGAGAAAAUAUCUUGGAUGAGGCCAAGGUGUUUGCAAUAUCACAUCUAAAAGAGCUCAGCGAAGAAAAGAUUGGAAAAGACCUGGCCGAACAGGUGAAUCAUGCAUUGGAGCUUCCAUUGCAUCGAAGGACGCAAAGACUAGAAGCUGUUUGGAGUAUUGAAGCAUACCGUAAAAAGGAAGAUGCAGAUCAAGUACUGCUAGAACUUGCUAUAUUGGACUACAACAUGAUUCAAUCAGUAUACCAAAGAGAUCUUCGCGAGACAUCAAGGUGGUGGAGGCGUGUGGGUCUUGCAACAAAGUUGCAUUUUGCUAGAGACAGGUUAAUUGAAAGCUUUUACUGGGCAGUUGGAGUUGCGUUUGAACCUCAAUACAGUGAUUGCCGUAAUUCCGUAGCAAAAAUGUUUUCGUUUGUAACAAUCAUUGACGAUAUCUAUGAUGUUUAUGGUACUCUGGAUGAGUUGGAGCUAUUUACAGAUGCUGUUGAGAGAUGGGAUGUUAAUGCCAUCGAUGAUCUUCCGGAUUAUAUGAAGCUCUGCUUCCUAGCUCUCUAUAACACUAUCAAUGAGAUAGCUUAUGAUAAUCUGAAGGACAAGGGGGAAAACAUUCUUCCAUACCUAACAAAAGCGUGGGCAGAUUUAUGCAAUGCAUUCCUACAAGAAGCAAAAUGGUUGUACAAUAAGUCCACACCAACAUUUGAUGAAUAUUUCGGAAAUGCAUGGAAAUCAUCCUCAGGGCCUCUUCAACUAGUUUUUGCCUACUUUGCCGUUGUUCAAAACAUCAAGAAAGAGGAAAUUGAUAACUUACAAAAGUAUCAUGAUAUCAUCAGUAGGCCUUCCCACAUCUUUCGUCUUUGCAACGACUUGGCUUCAGCAUCGGCUGAGAUAGCGAGAGGUGAAACCGCGAAUUCUGUAUCAUGCUACAUGCGUACAAAAGGCAUUUCUGAGGAACUUGCUACUGAAUCCGUAAUGAAUUUGAUCGACGAAACCUGGAAAAAGAUGAACAAAGAAAAGCUUGGUGGCUCUCUGUUUGCAAAACCUUUUGUCGAAACAGCUAUUAACCUUGCACGACAAUCCCAUUGCACUUAUCACAACGGAGAUGCGCAUACUUCACCAGAUGAGCUCACUAGGAAACGUGUCCUGUCAGUAAUCACAGAGCCUAUUCUACCCUUUGAGAGAUAAGUAACAGGUUUUCCAUGUUGUAGUCUGCAAGUACAAAUAACAUAUGCUGCAUAGAAAAUUAAGCCAUGUAAAGAGGCUAUAACUCCAUGUCCGGCGGAGUUUUUGCAGCAGCAAGUACCCUCCUGUAUUGUGGAUGGAGAGUAUUGUAUAUUUGAUUCAGAUUACAAUGAAGAAUAUAUUGAAAAACGAUGUAGGAGGCAGAUUAUUAUAUAUCCGUUUUCUUAUUUUGAGUGCA